CUAAUGGAUUAGUGUGUGCGAGUAAGUGGCGCGAUGUUAAGUGAAGUGUAGAGUUGUUCCGACAAAUAUGUUGUCAAAAUGAAGUUGUGGAAAAGCCUCAAGAUCUCCAUAGGCAGCAAAACUGAUCCCAAAGUGUACUCGCACGAGCUGCCGCAGUGGGGUGCGCAGGGAUACGAGUUAGAUGUGUUCAAGUCGCAGACAUCGCUGUCUACGGACUCCGGGCUGUGCACAGAGCGCGGGCUGCGGCGGACACACAUCGAGCUGCUCAAGCCGCCCGGCAAGAGGAUCGGACUUAAACUGGCAGGUCGAUCGGAGCCGGGCGUAGUGCCUAGUAUCGUGGGCUUCACGAAGGACUCGGUGGCGCAGGAGUCGGACCGGCUUGCGCCAGGCGACCGGAUAUGCAGCGUGAACGGCAUCUCCACAGCGCGCCUCACGAACGAUGAGCUGCUGCGCCUGCUCGACAAUGUGGAGGAGCGCGCCUCGCUAGAGGUCGAAUAUUACAUGCCCAAUUACGCAUCGCAAAACUCGCUGUAUAUAACGACGAAACUAGCUGAGGUCCCUGUGGAGAAAGUGAACGGGUCCCUGGGUGUGACGAUACGCGGCGGUCUGCCGGAGAACUCGGCGCAGAGUGCGGACCUUGUGCUCAACAGUCGGUCGUUGGACGCGCUGCCACUGGUCGUGACGCACGUGCGGCCAGGCGGCGCUGCCUACCACACCUCCAGGAUCAAACCUGGCGAUAGACUCUUGAAAGUCGAUCAUGUAUCACUAACAAACAAGACGCUAUCAGAGGUGCACCAGAUCCUGCAGAACUGUCCGCAGGUAACGAGCCUGACCAUUGAGUACGAUGUGUCAAUCAUGGAGUCGGUCAAGCUGGCGACGGGACCGCUGCUCAUAGAGAUAGAGCGGCCCUGCAACGAGGACCUCGGUCUCUUCCUCACCAACCACCGCUACUCCGACGACGUCUACAGCUCCGGCUCCGACACUUACCAGAGAGUCGGCACCUGCAAUGCUAUUUAUAUCGACAGUAUUCUGCCAGCGAGUAUCAGUGACAGAUGCGGGGCUCUGCACCCCGGCGACCAGCUGCUGGCGUUCGACGACCACGUGAUAGAGGGCAACAACUACACGGCGGAGGAGGUGAUGUGUUACCUGGAGAGCUGCGAGGCUGGCUUCACCAGACUGCACGUGGCGCCGCGACACGUCCUCGCGCACGGCGGCAGGUUCACCGGCACCAGAGAGAACUCUAUAUCGGGAUCGUCGACACUCAACACAAAAAAACGUCAAAGGAACUACAGACAGAGCUCGAUGCCGAAGCUUGGCUCUCCUGAGGACUACGACAACCAGCAGAGUUACAUGAACGUGGGCGUGUGUCGCACGGAGUCGCUCAGUGUGCAGCUGGAGGUGCCGCCCGGACACUGCAGCGGCCUCGCGCUGCACGACGACAACUCGCAGCUCAUCAUAUCGCAUGUACAGCCGCACUCGCCCGCCUACAGGUCAGGCUGCCUGCAGACGCGCGACCGCGUCAUGUCAAUCAACGGCCAUGAAAAUCUGACACUGGACGUGGCGAAUGAAAUCUUGCAGAGGAGAAACGACUCGCACAAUCCAAAGUACUUGACACUGAACGUGGAGUUCAGCAUGCCCAAUACUAUAGAGGCUUCGAGCGGAGUGUUCAAUGUCAAACUUGCCAAGACUUCUGCAGGUCUCGGGGUGACCAUCACUGGUUGUAAGCAAAAGUUGUUAAGUAACGAGGAGCCGAUGAUGAUCUCGGACAUAAAGGCGGGCUCUGUGGCGCACCGCAGCGGCGCGCUCGCCGCCGGGGACCAGCUGCUGGCCAUCAACGGACAGCCUCUGCAUAACUUAUCCCUGGACACGGCGUUCAAUAUCCUUCAAAACUCACCCGACGAUAUAAUAACAUUGAAAAUAAGAAAACGAGAUCUGACAGAAGAUUGGGCUAACGUUCACAAACACAAUCCGAAGUUGACGUUACAAAGCUUUAGCAACAUAGAAACGAAAGCGAUGAUCCACAGCGGAGAGGACUCCGGACAUCACACGGACAGCCCCAACAACAGCGCCAAGGACAGCGAGAGAAGUCACGGCAGUUGUAGUGAAGGUGGAAACGCCGCGGUCUUUGUUGUAGAACUGAUACGACAGGAGAACGGACCUCUGGGACUUACCAUAGCCGGCAGCGAGGAUGUAACGCAGCCUAUUUUAUUAAGCGGGCUUGUAGAAGGUGGUUUAGCGGAGAAAUGUGGUAAGCUGGCGAUAGGUGACGAGUUGUUAAGUAUAAACGGAGAGAGCGUUCUCAACAAGCCGCUCUCGGAGGCCAUCAAACUGCUGCAGCAGAGCGGGAUGCGAGUGCAGCUGCAGCUCUGCAGAAAACUCACCGGUCCUUUAGAAAGUGCCGAAACGAGUGCGAGAGACUCCAGCCACUCGACUUCGAGCCCUGGAUUGUCAAAUGACAGUGCAGUGGAGUCCUGGGAUCAAAACACACCCAUCAGAACAAGCGCUAACUGCGGUAAUUCGGAGGUAAUCGAAUAUGCAGUACCGGACAAGAGCAGAAUAAUAGAUAAGCAACCGUACUCGCCGACGGACGAAGACAAACUGAUGGCCUCCAGCUUCAGCUCUGCCGCUCCGUACGGCGUCAGCGACCUGCCGCUGCCCAACUACUCCCUCAAUAAUUCACUCAAGACUUUCCACUACGAAAACACUUGCAUCAUUCCCGACAACACUCUCAAGAACAAACAGAACAUAACGAGAGAAGAUGACGUGCAUCAAAUAGAAAUCCUCACGACCAACAUGAAGGACUGUCAGCUGCACAACAUGGAGAAGUCCUCGUGCAAGUGCGACUAUGUGCAGAUGGGACCCUACGGAGUGGUUUCACCUCGCAGCCGCCGACCUAACUGGGACGGUGACUACCUCAGUGGUAGCGGAGGAGGUAUCUACACUGUCACCACCCCGCAGAAGUCGCCGCUCAAAGCCAGCGCAACCGGCUCCAGCUUCCAAUUCUCAACCAGUCCUAUUUAUGAAAAUGACGUUCCAGGUCUGUACAGCAGCGAGACCCUGUCCCCGGCGCGGGGCUCUGUGCACCAAGUGAUCCUGUACAAGGACGCCAUCUACGACGACUACGGCUUCUCCGUGUCUGAUGGUCUGUACGAGCGCGGCGUCUACAUCAACCGCAUCCGAAAGGGCGGACCCGCAGACAUCGUGGGCCUUCUCAGGCCUUAUGACAGAAUUCUACAGGUGAAUGGUACGCGGACGGUGGACUACGACUGCUGCUUGACUGUGCCACUCAUCGCUGCGGCUGGUGACAGACUUGAGAUCGUCGUUCAGCGCCUCGUCACCUCUAAGGAUCUGAAGAGCCCGCGCUCAGAUGACAGCUCGAGCCCCAGCGACAGUAGUAUUGUGACAAAGACUAUCUAGUGCAUAACCCGACUUUAGUGGACCCGCGCUAAAGACCCCAGACUGUUUUACAGUGAUAAAAUUGUGUGUGUAUAGACUGACAUAGCGACAUAGCGACAUAGUGUGAAUAUUACGUUACCUUGAUAUGUCGUAGGUCAAAUUUACAUUAAAUUAAUUUUUAGAUUAAGUAAUAUUGUAAAUAUAAUGCAAACAUAAGUUUAUAACCACCAAAUGUACUGCCUAAACCAAAAUAAUUUGACAAGUAAAAAAAUGCAAAUAUUUUUUAUUCAUGUAAUACAAGCCUUCUGUCAUCCUAAAAUUCCUUACCAAAGAAACCUAAAUUAUUAUCAUUUUUUAGGAUUACGUUUAUGGCACAAUAGUUGAGGUUAACCUUUGUGCUAUUGAUACUUUAAACCCACAAAUAAUUUUGUAUAUAAAGAACGCAUGGAGUUUGAACAACUGCCAAACAUUACUGCGCUUUGUUAAACAGAAAAAUAUAGUUCAAAAUUAUCCACAUUACGUAUACGAGUUAGAUUUGGCAAACCGACCCUGACUUUAACCAAUUGAUUAUAAAUUAAAACCGAUAUUGCCAUUUCGUUGCAAUUAUAUUUCAAAAAAGUUUAAAGCGUGUGAGACAAUAGUUAUUCACCUAAAACAACUUAAUUAACGCUUGAUAUGUUAUUUCCAGAAUUGCUAGACUUUCACAUAUGUAACGCACAACAAAGAGAAAAUACCAAAGAUUUCAUUUAUCACUAUAUGUAUAAUUUGUACUUCAUCCAAAGAUAA